AUGGAUUGGGUCAGUCUUGUUCCUGUAGGGUUACUGUUUAUACUCAUUCUGCUAGUGAUUCUUAAAGGACAACAUGCCUGGAAGAGUCACCCAAGAAUAAACUUCCCCCCAGGACCCAGGCCAUUACCCAUCAUUGGAAAUCUGCACAUCAUGGAUCUGAAGAGACCUCACCUGACAAUGCUAGAGCUGUCCAAAAUAUAUGGCCCAGUCUUCAGCAUUCAGAUGGGACCAAGAAAAACGGUGGUGCUAUCAGGAUAUGAAACAGUGAAGGAAGCUCUGGUGAAUCAGGCAGAUGCAUUUGCAGGGAGACCCAAAAUACCAGUCAUUGAAGAAUCAGCCAAAGGAAAAGGAGUUAUAUUUUCUGAUGGAGAAAACUGGAAAGUGAUGCGAAGAUUUACUCUUACAACCUUACGAGAUUUUGGAAUGGGCAAAAAGGCCAUAGAGGAUCGUGUUGUUGAAGAGUACAAAUGCCUGGCAGACACUAUUGAGUCACAUAAAGGGAAGCCUCUUGAGAUGACUCUGAUGAUGAAUGCUGCUGUUGCUAACAUCAUUGUAUCCAUAUUGCUGGGAAAGCGGUAUGAUUAUGAAGACCCCAUGUUCAAAAGGCUCCUGUUACUGGUGAAUGAAAAUGUCAGGCUUUUUGGAAGUCCAUCAGUUUCGAUGUACAACAUGUUCCCAGCCCUUGGAUUUCUUCUGAAGGACCACAAAAAUUUUCUUCAGAAUGUAAAAGAACUCAAUGCUUUUAUCCAGGUUACUUUCAUAGAACAUCUCAAAAACCUGGACAGAAAUGACCAGAGGAGCUUCAUUGACACUUUUCUUGUGAGACAACAAGAGGAGAAUGGAAAAGCCAGUGGAUAUUUCCAUAAUGAAAAUUUAACUGAGGUUGUGAGAAACUUGUUUGCAGCUGGCAUGGAGACCACGUCUACUACUUUGCGCUGGGGAAUUCUACUCAUGAUGAAAUAUCCUGAAAUUCAGAAAAAAGUCCAAGAAGAGAUAGAGCAAGUGAUAGGGUCAACCCCCCCCCGAAUAGAGCAUCGAACUCAGAUGCCAUAUACAGAUGCUGUCAUCCAUGAAAUUCAAAGGUUUGCCAAUAUCCUGCCAUUGAGCUUGCCUCAUGAAACUACUGAAGAUGUCACCCUUAAAGGCUGUUUCAUUCCCAAGGGAACCUACAUCAUCCCCUUACUGGCCUCUGUCCUCCAAGACAAAUCAUGGUGGGAGAAACCAGACAUCUUCUACCCUGAGCAUUUCCUUGACUCAGAGGGCAAGUUCAUAAAGAAAGAUGCUUUUAUUCCAUUUUCAGCAGGGCGGAGGACCUGUGCUGGAGAGACUCUUGCCAAAAUGGAGCUCUUUCUCUUCUUCACCAGCCUCCUGCAGAGGUUCACCUUCCACCCUCCCCCUGGAGUUUCUAUCUCAGACCUGGACCUCUCUCCCUCUGCUGGGGGCACUCUUACCCCAGUGAUUCAUGAGGUCUGUGCAAUGCCACGUUCCUAG